CAAGCCUCCUGCAGCCGUGAACUUUCAGCAUCCACCGCUUCUAGCGUCCGUUGAUCGUGAACGCCCAAACGCGAUGCCCGCCGCGCAAUGACGACGCCCAUUAUUGCUCCACCGACCGACGCGCCACAUCUCCAAUCUCACCAUCAUGCCAACGUGAACCUCAAGCACACCUACGCCAAUCCUGAGGCACAUGCCCAUACCAAGCGCUCACUUCCCGCCCUCACAACAAUAAUGCAGCACGCCCCCGACACCACCAACCAGGCUCCUGAUACUCCAGACACCACGCGCCGCAAGAGACUAUCCUUCUUCGCUCGCUCCAGCUCAGAUGCCUCGACCAAAGACAGGCCUCGUCCGCCAAUGCAGCCGGCAACGUCCAACCCACGAGUCGUCCACAUCGAGCCUUGGAACAUUCAACUCAGACGACCAGGCACCGCCAAUGGCGAGCAACGACGACGAACCACUGAUCCACUCGGAAGCAUUCGCAACUCUCUGUUCGGGGGCAACAAGAAGAGCUCGGGAGCGAACGGUCCAAUCCCGACGAUACCACCGACCAGUCGACGAGCACGCCACAGUCAUACCAUCGACACUUCUGGCAUGCAGCCAGCCAAUACUGCACUCAUCCCCUUCACUUCUCCUCUCCGACCUGAAGAGCAGAGGCCUCCGUCACGGCAAGCUCAGGAGUUCAAAAGCGAGAAGGACUACUAUCAUCACCGCAAGAAGUCGUCCAUAUCCCCUCCCUUCAACUUUCAACAUGUGACACAUACUUCCAGACGACAUCUUCCCAGACUAGACACCGUCGAUGAAAAGGAGCUACCUCAGAAAUUCUGGGCUGCGAAUGCCAGACCGCAUGACACGCUGGAAGACAUGCCUGCAGACGCCAUAGCGCAAGACACGGCACGCUUAGUCGCUCAAUCCGCUGACUUGGAACGCCCAGCUACAGCAACAACUCAAACGCCUCAAGCCGACUUUGGAGUGCGUCAGAGUCAGGAUGAAACCAGAUUCGACGAGGCGCGAGAUACGAAAAUUAAUCCACAUUCAUUCCACGACCAAUUCGAAUCCGGCACAUCCCCAUUGCGCUCUCCGAAGCACCACUCUUCAAUGGGAGCACUCAAUUCACCAAGUCCCAGUAGUGCGGCUCACUCGAUCCAUCAUCUCAGGAACCAGGGUUCGUUUGAUGCUUCCCCACAAGCCACGCGUGGACCGCCACGUGCCCACGCGCACCAGAGACAGCAAUCCAAGAGCAUGAUGAUCGAUUCCACGCCACCGCCAGAGACUUUGUCCAGUGCGAAGAUUACCAGACUGCCGGAACGAAGACCACCCGCUCAACCCUUACCACCACUCCCUGGGCCACCACCCGCUCACGCCAUCAAUCCACCUGGACAUGUGGUCAAAAAGCAGCUAUCCAAGGGAUCGGUAGCGUCGCGACAGAGCGGCACUGGUCUGUUGCCGCUACCACCUAGCAUGGCUGUGAAGAAAGCGGCGUCGGUACAAUCCAAGUUAUCGGCCAAGUCAUGUGGCACUUCAAUUAGCUCGGCAUCGAAGAGGACCGACAUCCUCGAAGAACCCAACUGGGAGGAUGACAUCGACUUUGCUUUCGAGCAGGGUGCAGAGGCCAUGUGCGACUUUGACUGGGAGAGUUUAGCCGCGCCGCUUCGAGAAGAAGACGAGGAGGUCGAGCAGGCACCGCCGCCUGUAGCCUCGCCGCCAUUAUCGGACCAAAGCAC